AUGGGUAAUGCACCCUCCAAUAAAAAGGGAGACCCCACCGAGAAUGUCAAAAUAUUUUUGGAGAAAGCGAAAGAGGAUUUCGAGAAGAAAUGGAGUACUCCAUCGUCUAAUACGGCAUCACUCGAUGAUUACGACCGGAUCAAGACGUUAGGCACCGGCUCUUUCGGGCGGGUAAUGCUUGUGCAGCGCAAACAGGGCGGCAAUGAGUCGGGCAAAUAUUUUGCUAUGAAAAUACUAGACAAACAAAAAGUAGUGAAACUAAAACAAGUGGAACACACUUUAAAUGAGAAACGAAUUUUACACGCGGUCGACUUCCCAUUCCUGGUUCACCUCGAUGCACAUUUCAAGGACAAUUCCUACUUAUAUAUGGUUCUCGAGUACGUUCCCGGAGGAGAGAUGUUCUCACACCUCAGGAAAAGUGGAAGAUUUAGUGAACAGGCGGCCCGUUUCUAUGCCGCACAAAUCGUCUUAGCGUUUGAAUAUUUGCAUUAUUUAGAUCUCAUUUAUCGCGAUUUAAAGCCCGAAAACUUAUUAAUUGAUCAGCAGGGAUAUAUCAAGGUAACCGAUUUUGGUUUCGCCAAACGAGUAAAGGGCAGGACAUGGACUCUAUGCGGGACUCCUGAAUAUUUAGCGCCAGAAAUAAUUUUAAGCAAAGGAUAUAACAAAGCUGUCGAUUGGUGGGCAUUAGGUGUACUGAUAUACGAGAUGGCAGCCGGUUAUCCGCCAUUCUUUGCUGACCAACCAAUUCAAAUAUACGAGAAGAUAGUGUCGGGAAAAGUUCGCUUUCCCUCGCAUUUUAGUUCCGAACUGAAAGAACUAUUGAGAAAUCUAUUACAAGUCGACUUAACUAAACGCUACGGCAAUCUUAAGAACGGCGUCAACGACAUCAAAGGUCAUCGAUGGUUCAGUUCCACCGAUUGGAUCGCUGUCUACCAGAAAAAGGUUGAGGCGCCGUUUCUGCCCAAAUGUAAAGGACCGGGCGAUACGUCCAACUUUGAUGACUACGAAGAGGAGACUCUCCGCAUAUCGAGUUCUGAAAAGUGUGCGAAAGAAUUCAGUGAUUUUUAAGAUUGAAUUCAUAAAUAAGUCAUUUAUAAGAAAAAUAAUAAUUUCCUCCGAAAACUGUUGGCUCAUCACAAGAAUCGAUCGAAUCAUUCAAUCACUGGAAGUGCAAAACAUUACAUACAUUUGGGAUCGGAAUCAGAUUCGAGACGAUUCUCAAGACACGAUCGAUGAAUGAAUUGCUGAUUAAUAAUAAAUUACAAUAAUUGACAACAAAAUACCAGUAAAUUCUGAUAUAUUCUCAUCAAAGUAGUGAAAAACACAGACAGAAAGAAGCUAUCGUUCCAACAGUUAUCAAAACCAUUCAUUACAUCACCUUUUGGUGCAAUUCUUGCUUUUGAAUCAUUGCUUACUUCGGACUCAUUUCUGCUCCAAAAAAACAAUUCUCUAAUUUUUAUUAUGCAUUCUUCAAGUGAUUGAGUGCCACGUCUUGUAAAUAGUGAUAAUUCUUAGACUCUAUACCUAUGACUCUAAACGUCGGCAGCAAACCAUCAAACCAUACAAAACCCAUAUUAUUAUAUAAAUAAUAAUUAAAUGAAUUUAGUUUAUAAUUGGAAUGGUUUAGGGCUAAUACAAUACAAUAUAAUUCAAAUCAAUUCAAUUACAAUACAAACACUUUCAUCAACUCUAGUCGUUAGUAGGAUUUUACAGAUUUUAAAAUAAAAUAAAUAAUUUAAUUAAAUUGUAAUUUGACUGUAAGUCCUUUUAAUAAUAAUAAUAAUAAUUAAUAACAAAUUUUCAAUUGACUAAUCAAUACAUUUGUCUCAUAUUUAUGUUUAUCCUUUUGAUUCGCUUCUCUUUAUUAUCGAUCGAGUCGUUCAACACUUUAGGGAUCGCAUGAAAUGCUUGCCUGCAUUCGGAGGACAUAAUCAACAAAUCACCGUCUCUUAAAUAUAUGGGAACUAUUGGUUUAGUCGACCCCUUAGUAGUGCCUCCGAUCAGGAAUAUAGCACUCGAGCCCAGACUCAGGCUAAAGAGCGGAGCACUCGUAUUGGGUUCUGAAUGAUCGGAAUGCGGACACAGAGUAGAGUUGUUAGUGUAGUAAUUGAUAAGACCUGCCUCUCCACGGAAUCCCUCAAAUCCUAACGACAGACUCAUGUAUUGAAACAAUUGCUGUAUUGGGAGGGGAACAGCACUUCCACCAUUGGAUUCGUCAUACAUUUUUGUGUCCCAAUUGUGAUGAUAACCAAAGCUAAUCCAUCGCAGGUUCGAGUCCUCUAUAGGUUUGGUCGGAGGCAG